AUGGCCACCGCCAAGGCCGCGACAGGCAACUCCGCCUCGCCUCUCAACGUGGAACUGGUGGAACUGCCCCCUCGAUCCGCCAAACCCGCAACGCCCACCCUGACCGGCGCCAAACCCGCGCACACCCCCUUAGAGGUGUUGUUGCAAUUGGGGUUCCCCAAGCAUCGCGGUCAAAAGGCCUUGGCCGCCACCGGCCAUCGGGGUGUUCAAAUCGCCUCGGAUUGGCUCUUGGCUCAUGUCAACGAUCCCACCUUGGAUCAAGAGAUUCCUCGCCAUUACGUGUUUUAUCUGUGUCCGUCGGGGGCGUUGCAGGAACAGCUCGACACCUUCUGGGAUGCGUCCAAGAUUCAGAUCGGUUGGAAUGGCGUGCACAACUCGUUUCCGCACAUCACGCUCACUUCCACUUUCACUUGUGCCGACCAUGAGGCCGAGAAGCUCUUGGACGUGGCCAAAAGCAUGGCUGGCCAUUUCCGGGAUGACUGGGCUCAUGAUCGGUUCAACUUGGAGAAGUACGUCUCGCCCAACUUCUUGGGCUUGUUCGUGGGUAAACGGGAAGAGAUUCUGUUGCGAUCGCUCUCGCAAGAGCUGUGUCAGGCCUUGGCCCACUUGGAAGUGGCCACGGAGCCCAUGUCCAAGUCGUAUCAUCUGACCCUGGCCUACCAAUUUCCGCCUGAACAUCUGGAUGGAUUGGCCGAUCUGGCUCAUGCCGUGGAUCCGGAGGCUCAGGCCGAUUGGGAGCUCCGAUUGUACUCCUUUGAGGAGCGGAUGAAGAACAAGGAAGUGUUCAAGGUGCUUUUCUCGCACAUCCCACGCGAGGAGGAUGAAUUGGAGCUCAUGAUUGGCGACUAUGUGUACGUGAGUCCCGAGGAUAUCACCCAGUCCACCGACGGCUGGGUGAUGGGCAUCUCGUGGCUCACGGGCGGCACGGGUUUCUUGCCCAAGACCUAUAUACAACAAGCGGCCGAGACCACGGCGUGGACUUUGCAUGCUUCCAUUCCCCUCAACUCGAGUCCCAAUCCCGUCACGCCCUUUGAUGUCCAUCGGGAGCAGACCCGAUUGAGCUUGUCCUCCACCUCGUCCUUUGAGCGACUCAAGGCCAGUGUUGGGGCCCAACGUCCGGAUGACUCGGGCGGGCUUCAUACCUCUUCCGAUCCCGAAAUCGAGGCCUUGACCAAGGUCGUGUCCCCGCCAAGCAAAUCCCCCAAAACGCCCAUGAAAACCCCGCGUCAAGUGUUCACCAUUCGUCACGGCGAGCGGGUGGAUUUCACCUUCGGCAGUUGGAUCCAGUUUUGCUUCGAUGAGAGUGGCACCUAUGUUCAAAGAGACCUGAACAUGCCCGUGAGCAUGCCGAAGCGGAAAGCCGGGCCCGAGGGCUUCAUUCGGGAUUCUCCACUAUCCCGAAUCGGGGUCAUGCAAGCCCGUUUAGUGGGCGAGUCCUUGCGCAAGACAAAAGUGAGAUUUUCCCAUGCUUAUUGUUCGCCCUCAUUGCGAUGUGUCGAGACUUGACACCACAUCCUGGAAGGCAUGGGCUUAGCUCAAGAGAUCAAAAUGAACCUGGAAUUCGGACUGUUCGAGUGGUUGGGAUGGUAUCAGAAUGCCAUGCCGGAUUUCAUGACCCCCGAGGAAAUGAGCGACGCUGGAUACAACGUGGAGAUGUCGUACAAGCCGUUCAUUUCGUUGCUUCAAUUGCAAGACACCGAGGAGUCGUGCGAAGAGCAUUACUCGCGCAACUUCUUCGUGACCCAAUGCAUUCUCCAAGCCACAGAAGAAUCCGGUGGAAACGUGCUGCUGGUGGCGCAUGCGUCAUCCUUGGACACGUGUACCCGACAAAUUAUCGGUCAGUCGCCCCGGCCCUUCAACGAUAUGUUGGCCGUGGUCAGAAAAGUCCCUUAUUGUAGUGUGGCGUGCAUCGAGGAAACUCAAAAAGGUGCCAUUGACUCGCACAAUCCUUUGGGUUGGAAGUUGAUGGAGCCGCCCAUCCCACCUUUAAGCCAUUCCAGCAAUGCAAGAUAUGAUUGGACCGUUGUUCGUGAUGGAGCUCCCGUUCCUAAGAAAUGACUCUCGCCUCAUUUUAUAUACCUUCUUUCACCUUA